AUGAAGAAAGAGGAGGUUCCAGGACCUAGAUGUCAUCAUUCCUGGGGAUACCCUUGACCAGUGACUGAGUUUCUGACCAGAGAUGUUGGGUAUAUCCAGAAGAGACAAAGAUAGAGUAGCAGUUGCUGGUCAUAUCCCACAACAGAAGAAAAUGAGCAAUGCCCAGGAAUUGUUGACCCUGGAGGAUGUAGUUGUGGAGUUCACCUGGCAGGAGUGGAAGCUCCUGGGCCCUGCUUAGAAGGACCUAUACUGGGAUGUGAUUAUGGAGAAUUACAGCAACCUGGUGUCAGUCGGUUAUCAAGCCAGCAGACCAGAUGCACUGUCCAGGUUGGAACAAGGAGAACAACCUUGGACAACAGAAGAUGAAAUGUAUAGUCGCAUCUGUCCAGAAAACAACAAGGUUGAUGAUCAUUUGCAGGGUCACCUGGAAAAUCAAAGACUAUUAAAGGCUAUGGAGCAAUACUACGAACACAAUGCAUUUGGAAAUAUUGUACCUCAAAGCAAAAGUCAUUUUUCUUUUAGGGAAAAUCAUGUUACGUUUGAGUCAUAUAUAAAAACUUUGAAAUCAAAUUUAAGUUUAGUUGACCAGAACAAAAGCUAUGAAAUUAACAAUUCUACUAAAUUCAAUGAACAUGGGAAAACAUUUUUUCAAGGUAAGUAUGAAGAACUUCAUUCUGUUAAAUUUUCUGUAAGUACAAAACCUAAUAGAAUUAAAUCCCAAGUCAAUAAGCAUCAGAGAAGUCAUGACAUAGAGAAAACUCAUGUAUGCAGUGAAUGUGGAAAAGCCUUUGUCAAGAAGUCUCAGCUCACUGAUCAUGAGAGAGUUCAUACAGGAGAAAAACCUUACGGAUGUAGUAUGUGUGCAAAAGUAUUCUCCAGAAAGUCCAGGCUCAAUGAACAUCAGAGAAUUCACAAAAGGGAGAAAUCCUUUAUAUGCAAUGAAUGUAGAAAAGUAUUUACCAUGAAAAGCCGUCUGAUUGAACAUCAGCGAACUCAUACUGGAGAGAAACCCUAUGUAUGCGAUGAAUGUGGAAAAGGUUUCCCAGGCAAGCGAAAUCUCAUUGUACAUCAGCAAAAUCAUACUGGAGAGAAAUCUUAUGUAUGCAGUGAUUGUGGAAAAGGCUUCACUGGGAAGCGCAUGCUUAUCAUACAUCAGCGAACUCAUACAGGAGAGAAACCCUACAUCUGGAGUGAAUGUGGGAAAGGCUUCACCACAAAGCACUAUGUCAUCAUACAUCAACGAAAUCAUACAGGAGAGAAACCAUAUAUAUGCAUUGAAUGUGGAAAAGGCUUCAUUGUGAAGAGCCGUAUGAUCGAACAUCAGCGAACUCAUACAGGAGAGAAACCCUAUGUAUGCAGUGAAUGUGGAAAAGGCUUUCCUAGCAAGAGUAAUCUCAUUGUACAUCAGAGAAAUCAUACAACAGAGAAAUCGUAUCUAUGUAGUGAAUGUGGAAAAGGCUUCACGGUAAAGACCAUGCUUAUUAGACAUAAGCGAAUUCAUACUGGAGAGAAACCUUACAUAUGCACUGAGUGUGGGAAAGGCUUCCCCUUGAAGAGUCGGCUGAUUGUACAUCAGCGAGCUCAUACUGGAGAAAAACCUUACAGAUGCACUGAAUGUGGGAAAGGUUUCACCAUAAAUAGUGGACUGGUAUUACAUCAGCGAACUCUUACUAGAGAGAAACCUUAUAAAUGCCGUGAAUGUGGAAAAGGUUUUGCCUUUAAGAGCAAUCUUGUUGUACACCAGCGAACUCAUACUGGAGAGAAACCCUUUCUGUGCAGAGAAUGUGGAAAAGGCUUCACCAUGAAACGAUAUCUCAUUGUACAUCAGGAAAUGCAUACAAGAAAGAAAUCUUAUAUAUGUGGUGAAUGUGGAAGAGGCUUUUUCAUGGAAACGCUCAUUUUACAUAAGCAAGUUCAUACUGGAGAGAAGCCUUAUGCAUGCAAUGAAUGUGGUAAAGGCUUCACUGUGAAAAGCCAUCUAAUAGUUCAUCAACGAACUCAUACAGGAGAGAAACCCUUUAUAUGCAGCAAAUGUGGAAAAGCCUUCUCCUCAAAAAGAAAUCUCUUUGCACAUCAGCGAACUCAUAUUGGAAACAAACCCUAACCAUGCAAUGAACAUGGUCACUGCCUUCAGGAAGAAAAUAUACCUCUGUACAUCAGAGAUUUCAUAUAGGGUAGAUUUCCUUUACAUAUAACAAAUUGAAUUUCAUCUGGUCUCAUUAUCCACCAGAAUAAAUGCAGUCAAUGAUGGAAAUCCUUCCACAUAAAUUCAAGCUCUGACUUUGUUGAGGCGCCCAAUCCAGAGACUAUGGAUUCAGUGAU